AUGCGUGAGGAUCAAGUGGUGAGUGGACUCAAAUUUCUUCAGCAUCCGAAUGUUCAGUCAACGCCGCUAUCGGAACGUGUGUCAUUCUUGGAAGGAAAAGGCAUGAGCAAAGAAGAGAUUCAAGAGGCCAUUAAACGCCAUGAAAAUAGCGAUACAAGAGCAUUUACAGAUCAAUCGACGACAAUCCAACAACAACAGCAGCAGAUGAAGACGACACCCAUGAUGAUGAGGGCUGCAGAUACGCCCAUGCAUCAGAUGAUACAUCGUCGAGGACGAUAUCCUGCCUAUGUUCAAGUGCUGUGGACAGUGUCGUCGCUCGUAGGUGCAGCUUCGAUCCUCACAUUUAUAUGGAACUAUGCAGUACAAUCAGGAUACAUUCCGUGGCUGCGGCCAAUGCCAUGUCUGUUAGAAGCAGCCAAGGUACAGGCGGAAAAAGAAAAGGAAGCAAAAAAGGAUGAUGCACUGCUAGCUGAAUUAACAAGUGUCUCAGCUGCUAUUCAGAAGCAAACGGAGGAACUGGCCAAAAUGAGUGUGUCGCUGGACGAAAAAGAGCGUGACUUACACAACAAGACGUUGAUAAGUGCACAGAUUUCCAGCUCGCUUGCUCAGCAGGGAAAUGCGCAAUCAAUUGCUGAGUUGAAGGCUGAGAUGUCUACGCUCAAGGCUCUUUUGCUUCAAAAAAAGACAGCAAAUGCUAGUGACUCGGAUAUAAUUGACGUGGUGGUGAAGAAAAAUAGUGAAGACACGGAGAAGAAAAGGUUUUUGACGACUGGAAGCGAAACUGCCUCGACACCAAAUAGUGCACCACCUGCCGUGGUCUUACAGACGGUGUCCAAGGCCGAACGCAUGCAGAACGCAUUAAAAAAGCUACGAACUGAGAAUUCGCUUGAACAACUCAAGUUGGCAGCGGGUAUCCUCAGUAUGUAUGUCAAGAAUCUCGUCGAGAACCCCGAUGUACCCCGCUAUCGUCGCAUUGCGCUCGGUAAUGCGAACUUUAAGCAAAAGAUCGAGCCUCUCAAGCAUCACGAAGAACUUCUCAAGUCUAUUGGGUUUGAGACGUCAGGUUUCAAUAUGGAGUGGAAAUGGUACACAGCGAGCAAAACGACAGGUGCAUUCGAUGAGAAUAUUGCCAUCUUGCGUGCGAUGCUGAAAGCUCUUCAAUCCCUCUCAAGUCCGAAUGCUUCUUCGAAUCUAUCGCUUGAGGAGAUUGCACACACCAGUCUGGAAGAUUUUUUCUCUCAGCAGACUAAGAAGAAUACCGAAAUGUUGACAACCACCACCAAGACUAGCACAACUUCGUUUAACAACAUCAAAGAGAAGCAUUCAGCAACGCAAAGCGGCAGCAGCGCGUCACUGGGUCGUACCUCUACGAGUCUCGACGAGUUCAUGGCACGAUUGGAACAGCAAACCAGCGUUGGCAAUAUCGCUAAUGCUGACAUUAGUAUGACGAACCCUCUUCCGUCCUCUGCAGCGAUUAACGCCAGCGAUAGCGAAGAGAAGAUGCCCGUGUCGGCAAGUAGCUUGAUUUCUCCGACUGUGACGGCUGGCGAGCCGUCAUAUCCAGAGUCAUUCAAGGAAGUGAUGGAUCUCAUUCAAAAAGGCGAGACGGUGCCGGGUAUUUGUGACAUCGAAGAAAAAUUGUCUGUAGAUUCGAGUACAUUGUUAAGCGAGCAGAUGAAGGUUGACGAUACUACGACGGUAGUAAAGCCUUGGGGAAAAAGUGACGCAUAG